AUGUUAAAGGCAAUUAUAGUCGAAUUACGAGCAGCCAAUGGAAAAACCGCACCUAACGAAGUGGCAAACGAGAACACGGAAACAAAAUUAGACAUCAAAACUUUUGGUAUGCCAGCAUUAGAAAAACUCAUUACAACUUAUCUCAGCAAGAAACUACGACAACAAAAUCUUGUCUCGAAAAGCGCGAGGGCAGUGUUGAUAAACCGCCUAAGGGACGCUCUAAUAAAAGAAGAAAUCGAUCCUGAUGAGUUUGCUUUUCCGGAUCCUAUAAAACAAAUGUUAAAGGCAAUUAUAGUCGAAUUACGAGCAGCCAAUGGAAAAACCGCACCUAACGAAGUGGCAAACGAGAACACGGAAACAAAAUUAGACAUCAAAACUUUUGGUAUGCCAGCAUUAGAAAAACUCAUUACAACUUAUCUCAGCAAGAAACUACGACAACAAAAUCUUGUCUCGAAAAGCGCGAGGGCAGUGUUGAUAAACCGCCUAAGGGACGCUCUAAUAAAAGAAGAAAUCGAUCCUGAUGAGUUUGCUUUUCCGGAUCCUAUAAAACAAAUGUUAAAGGCAACAUCAAAACAUCAAAACAUUCCUUGGAAAUCGUUAAAUCACUGGUGUCGUUGUUCAUAA